AUGGAUACUGGUUCAUUUGAAAUUAUUAUUACUAUUUGGGCAUUUGUAUCACUAAUAAUAGGUGUAGUAAAGAAAUUUGACCAAUACUGUACCACGAAUGAUAAUGUAACUGGAACAUAUACUAUAUAUAAUCAUGAAGAUAGUUGUGACCUUUGCUGCCCUUGUCAGAUGUUAGAUAUAAUAACUGCUGGCAUGUCAAGGAGUGAUGAUACUGUCCUCUCCAUUGUCUCAGCAGAUUGGAGUUUUUUUUCUGAAACUAUAAAUAAUGAGGAAUUAGAUAAUGCGAAUAAUUUCGCAGAGAGAUUGGAGAUAUUGUCGCAAGUGAGUAAAAAAUAUGACAAAGUUUUUCGAAUAAUAAAAGCUACUAUUGGGUGUUUCGCUAUUCCUGUAUUGGUCAGCAGUUUUGAGAAAGGUCUUGAUAAUGAAGCAAUAAUGACAAGAGUUUUUACCUUUGGUGCACCAAUACUUCAAGAGCUUGGCAUCAAUUUAUUGGCAUUAAUUUUAUACACAGUUAUGAUUCCGAUGAUCACUUUUCAAAUCUCUCGGACGAUUGCAAACAAGUUGGAAGACAAAAUACAAAAAGUUUUCAUAAUAUCAAUAAUUACAAUUCGAAUUUUUGACCCACCAAAUAUGAUUUGGGCAAUAAAAGGAGUAAAUACCUUAGAACCUGGGGUUCCAUUUUGGAAACCAUUUUGA